ACGGCCUCGGUCGCAGAGCUUGUGGUGCCGCAUGGCUACCCCCUGGACGUCCACAACGUUCAAACGGACGAUGGUUUCAUUUUAAGCAUCCUGCGCAUCCCUCAUGGCCGGGCGGCCACGAACGCCACAUGGGGAUCAUCCGUCGGUUCGCAUCAGAAAGCGGACCAGGCCGCCCGCAGGCCUGUUGUGUUCCUGCAGCACGGUCUACUAGAUUCCGCGGCGGGCUUCCUUCUCAACGGCCCGGGACGUAGCCUGGCAUUCCUAUUGGCGGAUGCAGGCUACGACGUCUGGCUGGGCAACGUCCGCGGCAGCACCCUCAGCCGCACGCACCUCUACCUUGACCCCUCCAGCCAACUCUUCUGGCAAUGGUCGUACGAUGAAAUUGCGGCGUACGACAUGCCGGCCAUGCUGCAGUACGCUCUUCGUACGUCGGGUGCCACGUCACUACGCUACGUGGGUCACAGUCAAGGCACGACCUCUGGUGAUUUCCUCAUAUUCCCCUUCCCUCCCAAGUUGCACGCCUGUGUCUGUCUGUCUGUAUCUUUGUUCUUAAUUGUGUCUGUACGUAUGUAUAUUUCUUUCCUCCCUCCCCACGCUCCCCUUCCCAAGAUGUUUACGCUGUUGGGGCUGCAUGAGUUCUUGCCCAGUCAGCAGCUGAUGGCGGAACUGGAGGGCCGCCUGUGCGCCGUACAGCCGUACUUGUGUGUCAGCUUCCUAGCCGCGCUGUGCGGUUACAACCCUGACAACCUGGACAACAGCCGACUGCCGCUGUACCUCAGGUACACACCCGCGGGGACCAGUGUACAGAACAUGGCGCACUGGGCCCAAGCGAUACGGUCACGUGCGCCCAACACGAUGAGCUUCUUCGACUACGGCGUCAACUGCGCCUCGAGGAGCGGUCGUUGCAACCAGCUCAUGUACGGCAGCAUUUCGCCACCGCGGUACAACCUGACGGCCAUCGCGACACCGUUGGCGCUCUUCACGGGUGGGUCGUGUGACCGGCUGUCCACCCCAAUCGACCUCGAAUACUUGCUCGAGUCGUUAGGACCGGGUGUCGUACAGCUGUCCAAGAACCUGGAGGCAUACGAACAUCUGGAUUUCAUUUGGGGAAUUGACGCCAAGGAGGCGCUGUAUGACGACGUCCUGCGGUUCCUAGCG